GCCACACCAUCUCCGGCGGCCCCUCAAAGGCUCCAAACCGCCCUGGGACGUCCUUGCCCCUCAGCAACCCCUCGCUCUCAGCAAAGAGCACCGAUUCCUGGGUCACCGUGUGGAGUUUACGGCGGUGCCGGUCAGGGCAGGGUGCGCCCCAUCCCCUCAGCGGUGACGGGCUGGCCCCACCCCCUUCGAGACCAAGUUCAGCAAGUUUGGCCAUGAUGUCCUAGAGUCUCCAUGGCUAGGCCUGGCCCUGUCGCUCCGCGUGGGCUCCACCGGCUCCGAGUUGGGCCGCGCCGGGUCCGCAAGAGGGGCGGGUCGAAGGGCGCCGUCCACAAGGGUUGAGACCAGAGACUGGCAGCCCCUGGGCUCCGAGGUUUGGUGUGAGGGCUCUGAGUUUGGAGUGCGUCAUCAGAGAGCAGGCACCUCAGGUGGCAGCUUCAAGGCAGAAUCACAGUGGCAGCUUUGAGAGGUGGACACCCAGGUCCCUGAAGUGAUCUCUAGGCCCCAGCCCUAAUCCGCCACCAUUCCGUGCUGCGGGGACACCAUGGCUCCAGAGGAAGAUGCUGGAGGGGAGGCCCUGGAGGGCAGUUUCUGGGAGGCCGGCAACUACCGGAGGACAGUGCAGCGGGUGGAGGAUGGGCAUCGGCUGUGUGGGGACCUGGUCAGCUGCUUCCAGGAGCGCGCCCGCAUCGAGAAGGCCUAUGCCCAGCAGCUGGCCGACUGGGCCCGCAAGUGGAGGGGCGCAGUGGAGAAGGGCCCCCAGUAUGGCACACUGGAGAAGGCCUGGCACGCCUUCUUCACGGCGGCCGAGCGACUGAGCUCACUGCACCUGGAGGUGCGGGAGAAGCUGCAGGGGCAGGACAGUGAGCGGGUGCGCGCCUGGCAGCGAGGGGCCUUCCACCGGCCUGUGCUGGGUGGCUUCCGAGAGAGCCGGGCUGCCGAGGAUGGUUUCCGGAAGGCGCAGAAGCCCUGGCUAAAGAGGCUGAAGGAGGUUGAAGCUUCCAAGAAGAACUACCAUGCAGCCCGGAAGGAGGAGAAGACAGCGCAGACUCGGGAGAGCCACGCGAAGGCAGACAGUGCUGUCUCCCAGGAGCAGCUGCGGAAGCUGCAGGAGCGGGUGGAACGCUGCUCCAAGGAGGCCGAGAAGAUGAAAACCCAGUAUGAGCAAACACUGGCGGAGCUGCAUCGCUACACCCCGCGCUACAUGGAGGACAUGGAGCAGGCCUUUGAGACCUGCCAGGCCGCCGAGCGCCAGCGGCUUCUCUUCUUUAAGGAUAUGCUGCUUACCUUACACCAGCACCUCGACCUCUCCAGCAGUGAGAGGUUCCAAGAACUCCACCGAGACCUGCAUAAGGGCAUCGAGGCAGCCAGUGAUGAAGAGGAUCUGCGCUGGUGGCGCAGCACCCACGGGCCAGGCAUGGCUAUGAACUGGCCACAGUUUGAGGAGUGGUCCUUGGACACACAGAGGACAAUCAGCCGGAAGGAGAAGGGUGGCCGGAGCCCUGAUGAGGUUACUCUGACCAGCAUCGUGCCCACAAGAGAUGGCGCUGCACCCCUACCCCAGACCCCUGGGUCCCCAGGCGGCGGGCAGGAUGAGGAGUGGUCGGAUGAGGAGAGUUCCCGGAAGGCUGCCACUGGGGUGCGGGUGCGGGCACUCUAUGACUACGCGGGCCAGGAAGCUGAUGAGCUGAGCUUCCGAGCAGGGGAGGAGCUGUUGAAGAUGAGCGAGGAGGAUGAGCAGGGCUGGUGCCAGGGCCAGCUGCAGAGUGGCCGGAUUGGCCUGUACCCUGCCAACUACGUGGAGUGUGUGGGGGCCUGACCUGUCCUGACAGCCCUUCUACAACGUUUCUCCAACCUGAGUCAGAGCCCAGCUUCUUCUGGACAGCUGGACCUAAGGGCUCUGGACCAUCCUGCCACUGCUGCCUCUCUGGCCCUUGAGGAGGGAGAAAGUCCUGGGACCCAGGGAGGGGAGGGGCCUGUGUCUAGGAAGGGACUGGUAGGGAAGGGCCAACUGAGUCUAGGCUGAGGGGAAGAUGGAGCAGUCAGGAGGUGACAGAAAGGCUCAGUGGUGCCUAGGCCUUCCUAGGUGUCCUCCAGUCUCCCCAGGAGCUGUGGACCCAGGUCCUGGUCUCUGUGUUUUGGGGUUCCUUGGGUGGGCUUGGGAUGAGUGUAGUUCUGGGUUAGCAGCUCUGUUUUGUGGCUUGUUCUAGUGUGUAUUAAACUUGGGGGGAAAAACCCCAAACAC